UUUCUGAUAGAGCCUUACUUCACCCAAAGCUUAAUCCACGAGCCUUGAUACCCUGAUGACGUGUCCCGCCACUUCCUUUCGGCGCCGGAGUCCAAUGGGGUGGAGAUACAGGGGUCAUGCCCAUCUGGCUCGGCCUGUGACUUCGAUUUGUGCGUUCAGCCUUUCUUCUCGCCAUCCUCCAGCGGUAUCACAACAAACCAGGCAGAUCAAAGACAAUCAGCCACUUGUACCGCAGCACGACAUUCAUCAUGGUCAAAGAGACCACUUUUAUCGACACGCAAGACGGACUAAAGGAUCUCGCCGACUUUAUAGGACGGCACCAUGGAAGCGGCUACAGGCAUUACUCUGACGUUCUUGGACCGUCAUUGCGUAUACACUAGCAGUUGUCUUCCAAUACCUCGCCCUAAAGCUCUGUGAACAUGAAAAGAAACCAAACAGCCCGUGUCAGCAAGUUGCUGACUGAAAGCUGCC